CCUUCUUGUCAGCGGUUCAAACUUGAAGUCAAACCCGACCUGAAUCAACCUCCUUUUUGGGGGACCUUUUUUUUGUCUUGUUUUGGUAGGAAUGUGUUGAAGCUCUCGAGCUUCCGGUCCGCUCUUCGCUCCUCGGUGGAGUUGCACUUCGUUUCGUCUCCGCUUUUCUUUUUUUUUUUUUUAGUUCUAAAGCAGCGGGAGGAAAUGUCCAGUUGAGGAUUGGAAAAUCCUCGCGAACCGCAGGCCCCUGUGUUUGUAAUGAUUGAUCAAGGCUUCGAUAAUGGCGCUGAAGGCACAAGCUUUAUAUGACUUCCUCGCCGAGGCUGGAAACAACGAGUUGUCAGUGAAAGAAGGCGAGACCCUUACGAUCACCAAUCGGAGUAUCGGAGGCGGCUGGAUUGAAGCACAGAACUCCAGAGGGGAGGUUGGACUGGUGCCAGAAGACUACAUCGAGUUUGGAAAGCCGUUGCCGUCGUUCCCGGGAGCUGCAGCCCCUCCUCCAAGUUUAGGAAAUGUUGCCACUCAAGACUUGUCCAUCUUUGAUUCCUUAGCUCCUGCAGCAUCUGCACCGGCACAAUACCAGGUGGAUGCUGGGGGCUUAAGUCCCCAGCCAGGCACCCCCGACACCCCAGUUUCCCCCUACCUUUCGUCCCCCGAUGAGGCUAGCAACGGUAAUGACCCCUGGUCCGUGUGGAACUCGGACCCCUCAGGGGGCUCCAACAAUAACUGGGCGUCCAAUCCGGAGGGAACCCAGACUGGGAAGAGUCCGGCUGAACCUUGGAACGCCGCGUCCCAGGGCCACCCUCAGGCUUACCAGGGUCCAGACAUCUACCCGUAUCCGUACCUUAUCGAUUACACAGGCGCCGAGUAUGACGAGUGGGAUGACGAGUGGGACGACAAGUCCACCGGAGGUUACCCCGAGUCAGAGUCCGGAGAGGGCGGCGCGAUGCAGAGGGGAGGAGCUCAUGCGCCUUCAAUGAAAAUCUCCCUCAACAAGUUCCCCGGGUUCUCCAAGUCUGGUCCAGAGCUCUACCUCUUAUGCAAGCAGCUCACUAAGGGCAAAGAGAAGCUAACCAUCUAUAUGGGAGAAGUUGGUCCGGUGUGGUCUUACCCAGAAACUCAGCUCGACUGCGUGGUGGCUGAUCCCAAGAAAGGCUCAAAGCUGUACGGCCUCAAGAGCUACAUCGAGUACCAAAUCACACCCAAUACCACCAACCGACCGGUCAACCACAGAUACAAGCACUUUGAUUGGCUGUAUGAGAGGCUUCUUGACAAGUUUGGCUCAGCCAUCCCCAUCCCGUCUUUACCAGACAAGCAGGUGACCGGGCGAUUUGAGGAGGAGUUCAUUAAGAUGCGUAUGGAGCGGUUGCAGGGCUGGAUGACCAGGAUGUGCAGACACCCCAUCGUUUCCUGCAGCGAUGUAUUCCAGAUCUUCCUCAGCUACAAGGAUGAGAAGGACUGGAAGACGGGGAAGAGAAAAGCAGAGAAGGACGAGACAGUGGGAGUGAUGAUCUUCACCACGAUAGAGCCUGAAGCUCCGGACCUGGAUCCUGUGGAAGUGGAGCAGAAGUGUGAGCAGUUCAGCAGGUUCACCAAAGCCAUGGACGACGGGGUGAAGGAAAUCCUCACCGUGGGCAACGAGCACUGGAAGAGAUGCACAGGCCCGCUGCCGAAGGAGUACCAGCGGAUCGGCAAAGCCUUCCAAAACCUCUCCUCCGUCUUCAACAGCAGCGGAUACCAAGGCGAGUCAACCCUGACGGAUGCCAUGACGGCAGCAGGCAAGACGUAUGAGGAAAUAGCUCAGAUGGUGGCCGAGCAGCCCAAGAAAGACCUCCACUUUGUCAUGGAGACCAACAAUGAAUAUAAGGGGCUUCUCGGAUGCUUCCCUGACACCAUCGGAGUCCAUAAGGCGGCCAUAGAGAAGGUGAAGGAGGGAGACAAGCUUGUGGCUGCCGGUAAAAUCGCCCCCCAGGACAAAGUGACGAUGGCUAAGCGAGUGAGCACAAUGUCGUACGCGUUACAAGCUGAGAUGAACCACUUCCAUAGCAACCGUAUCUACGACUACAACAGGGUCAUGCAGUUGUACUUGGAGGAGCAGGUCAAAUUUUACGAGACGAUUGCUGCAAAGCUGCGACAAGCACACAGUCAGUUCACUACUAUGUGAGCGCAAGGACCUUCGGUCUGUCGAGUACAACGCGAGAAACCAGAUUGACAUCCAAAAUAUUCUUCCUUACACUGCGAUAUUUUCCUUCCCUUUAAUUUAAAUAUUUCUUUGCUCUUUCAUUGUCUCUGGCCUUCACCUCUUCCGACAGUACAAGCUCACAGUGUUUCUUUUGUUCUCCGCUCUCCGGCGUUGAUGAACAGUUGAUCAACGCGUGCACCGGCUGAAAGCCUGCGUGCUACACAGCCCCUUUCCGCCGUACUGCGGUGAGACAGGAAGUUGAAACCACCACUGGCACAUUACAUUGCGUCGAGUUCCUCUAACGUGAUGUAUGUCUCGUUGCCAUAUGCCACAUCCCUUUUUUUUUUUCAAUAGUUUUUCCGUGUAGAAAAUUGUAAAAGAAAGAUUUUACACGUGUUGCUGACACAGUGACGUUGUAAUGCACUUACACUAAAAAACCCAAAGCUGCCCCCCCCACCCCCCCUCUGUCCGAGCUUUGUUGUCUAUUCCUCAGACAAUAUUUGAAUUGUUUUUCCCGCCUGUCAUAAGUUAACAUUUCGGAGGGUCGUAACACAUUUUGUUAAGGCGGUGUAUUUCUUUCAAGGACCCUCGGAGUCUUUGAAGGGCUGUCAAAGUGUGUCCCCUGUAUGUCCACUACUGGCAGUCCCGAGCCGCUUUUUCUCCCGACCUUCCUGAAGGAGCUAACAGGAAGCUGUGCCUCCUUCCAGCCGGUACCCGAGGAGACUAGUAAAGGUUGACUCGGCGUCCCCCCCCCCCGUGCUGCGGACCACGACGCUGCAGUUUACAUUUUGCCAAAAGGCGGCAUAGAGGAUACCCGAGUCGGGGUCAACUCUUUUAAGUGCUCCACCCUAAAGGUAAAUGUCAGUGGUUUUGAUGCAUUCCUUCCUGUCCCCGCACAGCGCUCCUGAAGAAUAUUUGUCCUUUUGUUUUUUUGGACCAGAUUAUGUCGUUUUAUACGGAGAUGACACAGGCUCACAUCAUGUGUGCAGUUUGCUUUUUACCACCUAGCUUUCAAAAUCUAAUCUUGUUCACUCUGUUUUCUUAUCACUUAAUACAUGAAAAAUAAACAUAUAUAGAUAUAAAUAUAUAUAUAUAUUCUACCUGACCCAUCAGGUGGUUCUUGUCAUUGAGAUACUAUUUUAUGUAUAGGAGUAUUUGCGAUGCAGUGUAACUCAAAGAGAAGCAAAAAUCCAGUUUGAUUUAUUAAACAAUGAUUUUUACUCA